CAUGUCGCGGGAUCUUAGGCCUAAUAAGUAAUAACCCAAUCUAAAAUACAAGGGGGGAAAAAAAAUCGUUUUUAUUUUUACUUAAGUCUUUUCGUUGUGUCAAAGUAACGCAAGAACACAGCGGAAUAGUGAACGAGUGUAGUGAAAUCCCGGUCUCGCGAGAGUAUGGCGGUAGAGGGAUUACAGGAAGCGUCACCUGAGGCUUGCUGGUACAAGACGGAAGAUACCGGUGCCACAAAACGAUAUUUGAGGAUGUCUUCGAACGAAGAAGGUUAUGUAGUUCGAAUCAGAGGCCUUCCUUGGAUCUGCACCCAGAUGGAAGUGGCCAGUUUCUUCUCAGACUGUGACAUUGUAGGCAAAGUCAACGGAGUGUGUUUUACCUACUCGAAAGAAGGCCGCCCCAGUGGGGAAGCCUUUAUUGAGCUGAAAACAUCAGACGGUUUCAAGAAUGCUCUUUGUAAAGAUCGCAAAUACAUGGGACACCGAUACAUUGAAGUGUUCAAGUCAAACCGAAGCGAAAUGGACUGGGUGCUGAAGCGUAGCGGCCCGGCUGACUACGACAGCUCCAAUGGCUGCAUGCUGAAACUCCGAGGCUUGCCCUUUGGCUGCAGCAAGGAGGAAAUCGUUCAAUUCUUUUCAGGGUUGAGAAUCGUGCCGAAUGGGAUUACUCUGCCAGUGGACUACCAGGGGAGGAGCACAGGGGAAGCCUUCGUGCAGUUUGCCUCAAAGGAGAUAGCAGAAAAGGCUCGGGGGAAACACAAGGAAAGGAUAGGGCACAGGUACAUAGAAAUCUUUAAGAGCAGUCGCGUCGAGAUCCGAGACUACCUGGACGAACCCCGACGGGUCAUUGGGGGCCAGAGACCGGGGCCCUACGACAGACCGGUGAUGGAGGGCCCCCGGGGGGGAUACUUUAGCUCUGGUCCAAGUCGCAGCAACUCUCUCAUGGAUUCCAUGAGGGGCGUAGGGGGCUAUGGGGGAGGUUAUGGACAUAGUUUUGAUGGCUACAAUGGAUUAAACAACUAUGGCUUUGGGAACUGCAUGUAUGAGGAGCGCGGAAGAGAUGAGCGAGGAGCAAGAGGCAACAGUUACAGUCGUCAAUCUGAAGGAAGCUCAACAAGUUACCACGGCAGUGGCGGUGGCCAUUUUGUCCACAUGAGGGGUCUGCCUUUCCGCGCCAGUGAGAUGGACGUCGCUAAAUUCUUUUCACCUUUGAACCCGCUGAGAGUCCAUAUUGACAUCACUCACAACGGCAAGCUGACAGGGGAGGCUGACGUGGAGUUCCGCUCCCACGAGGACGCCGUGGCUGCCAUGUCCAAAGACAAGCACAACAUGCAGCACCGCUACAUCGAGCUCUUUCUCAACUCGACAGCCAGCGGAGCCGAAACGAGUCGUGGUGGGUACUAUAGUAACUCAGGAGGCGGCUCGCGGAGCGGCGGGCUGCGAGGGGCAUACUGAUGUCAAAACCUGACUUCCUUUCUCAUGUUCCUCAAUGGUCACAUUUAUCUCCAAUCUGACAGUUUUGGUCUUUCACCACUUCUUCCUUUCUUACUUAUUUAAAAAUGCAUACAGCACAGGGAAAUUACGUUGAGUUAUUCAGUUUUGUUAACAAGACUGAAAGUGGUAGAAGCUGGAUUAUGGUCUGGUUUUAUGUGAAAAUCAAUCGUGGUUUUAGUUGCCAAGACCAGUUAGUACCACGUGUAGGAAGCUUGUGGCAAAUGUCAUACUAGUACACUUGUACCAACAUUCUUAAGCAAUUUGAUUUAGAAGGUUCUAAAAAAGUUCGGUUUUUUUGGCAUCUUACCACAUGGAUUAGAGACACAUUUUCAGUUUAAUUUUGCUUUUAAAUUUGGCAAAUGUGAGCCUGUAUGUUAGAAUUUUGUCAAACUGGGAAAUGUUUUAAGGUUCAAUAUCUUGAGUGGAAAAUGUAUUACAACUGAAUUCUCCCAUUUAUAGCUGUUGUACAUUUUGCCCAAUAAAUUUUUUUUGUAUUAAA